AUGCUUCUUUUACGGAAUUUGCUCCCAGGAUUGGCACUUCUCACACUAACAUCGGAGGCGUUUUGUACCCGAUCGAAACGAGAUCACAGGGUUUUGACAACGAGAACGUUCGCCGUCAUCAAGCCGGAAGAGGCCGACUUCAACUUUGAUGUUGGACAAGGAGGUGUACGUUUAGCGAGCGAAUCCGCCAUUAAGAUCACCGGAACCGUCAAGCACAAUCCCGGUUCGGCUGAACCUACUGUUACCGAUUUAAUUCGCUACACUUCACUGAGCCAAGUCGAAGACAAGUAUGUCCAAGAAGUGUUGAGCAAGAUUGGUGCCAAGAUCGUCGGUACGGGUCGGGGGAAGGAAGACUACCGGGAACCAGGUGAGACGACUGACAAAAUCGUGAUCCAGUCACCAUCCGAUGCCGUUCGGGAUGCCCUGAUGGGAGUGGGCUCAGCGAUGGAAGCUGAUAAAAUUGUUAUAAACUUUUUGGGCGGCGACGAUUUGCAAGUGUUAGAAGUCUUGGACGCCGUACAAAUGAUGGUUUUGGAUUUGGAUAUUGCCACCAAAGCCAGGGUUCAGUUUCAUUCAGUAGCUCAUAGCUCUGUACCGAUGUCGAGUGCAACAAUUACGGUGGUGUCAUUACCAGAAGGUGUGUCGUUGGAUGAACUUUCUGGAAUAGAAAAAGCUGUCACGUCCGGUGAAGUGUACUUUAGAGACGGCCAUUGGUGGACUACGGAGGAAGAAAAUAUCAACGCAGCAAUCGCGUAG